AUGUUUAUUUUGGGGUUAUGUAUUCAUAUUAUAUUUCUUUUCUCAAUUUUUGAUAUAUACUUUAAAUCUCCCAUUGUAAAGAAUGUUGUUCCCUAUCAACCGCAGCAUGUGGCACUUGCUGAUAGACUUGUUCUGUUUGUUGUGGAUGGAUUGAGAGCAGAAUCUUUUGUGAAUUAUACUACAAUGCCGUAUUUAAGGACAGUCGCAAAUACUUAUGGUCGAUGGGGUAUAUCAAAUACUCGUAUGCCUACGGAGUCCCGUCCAGGACAUGUGGCUAUUAUUGCUGGUUUCUAUGAAGACCCAUCGUCUGUGAUGAAAGGCUGGAAGGAAAAUCCAGUUGACUUUGAUUCUGUGUUUAAUCAAAGCUAUUACACCUGGUGUUGGGGGGCAUAUGACAUAGUUGAUAUUUUCACAAAAGGUGGUAUCAAUGACCAUAUAUUCACUAAGAAAUUUGACCCAUAUGAUCAAACCUUUAGUACAGAUAAAAAUACAACAUAUCAAGACAAGUGGGUGUUUAAUAAUGUUAAUGAGUUUUUAAACAAUGCUAAAUAUGAUCCUGGUAUAAAUGAAAAGUUACAUGCAUCAAAAAUAAUAUUCUUUUUACACUUAUUGGGUACUGAUACUUCUGGUCAUACUCACAAACCAAAGACUGAAUCCUUUUUAACAACAUUGAGGCAUGUUGAUGAAGGCAUUAGGCAAAUAGAAGAAGUCAUAAGGAAAUUCUAUAAUGAUGAUGGAAGAACUACUUUUCUUAUGACAUCAGAUCAUGGAAUGACAGACUGGGGAUCACAUGGUGCUGGGCAUGCUUUUGAAACUGAAACUCCAUAUGUAUUGUGGGGCUCUGGGAUACACCAAGCUAAGCGGAGUAAAAUAGACCCUGGAAACUUAAAUAUGUCAUUGAAUCACAGAUUUGAUAUCAGUCAGGCAGAUUUGGCACCGCUUAUGUCCACUGUUCUGUCCAUUCCAGUUCCAGUUAAUUCAGUUGGUAGAGUUCCAUUAGAGAUAAUGGAUCUUACAAUAAUCAAUAAAGCAAAAGCUAUAUAUAGUAAUAGCAGGCAAUUAGCUGCCCAGUAUGAUAAAAAAAGGCAAGCUGUAGAAGAAAAUGCUUGGUCUAUUUUAUACAAACCCUAUGAGCCAUUCAAUAAGAAAAAGUUCACAGAGAUUAUUGAGUUUACUGAAAAACUCAUGAGAAGUGAAAGUUUAGAAGAUUUUGAAAAAUUAAUUAUACUAAGUGAAGAAAUAAUUCAACUAAGUCUAUCAGGCCUGGAAUAUUAUCAAAAUUAUUAUCAGAGACCCCUGUUGGUUUUGGUCACUUUAUCAUUUAUAGGUUGGAUUGUGUAUUUAAUGAAAUCAUUGUUAGAACAAAAUGUAAAAGUUCAAAUUAAUUCAUCAGAUUUAAAGAAUCAUAAAAAUGACAAUAGUGGAUUCAUACAAAGUCUAAGGUGGCCUUAUAUAUUAUUUUUAUUAACAGUGUUUAUAAUAACUGGUCUAGUCUAUGCACAAAAGUUCCCAUUACAGUAUUAUAUAUAUACAUUGACACCCCUUUUCUUGUGGAAAUCAGCUUUGUCACCAUUAAGUGUUUGGAGGCACAUAUUAAGGCAGUCUAAUAGAAGCAAGAAAAAUCAUUUUAUAUGGGUGGAAGUUAUAUGCUAUACAGCAGGAUCGUAUACACUGGGCAUGUCCUUUACCCAGAGAUGGAUGUUGAUUAUACCUUUACUGGGUAUGGCUUUAUGGCCAAUCUUCUCAUCAGCAAGUGGCCAACUAACAGUACAUAUGCUGAUUGCCUGGCCGAUUACUUGUAUAUUGCUUAGCUGCUUUUCAUUAAUGCCAGUUAUAGGAAAAGUUACUAAAAUAGAACUAGUAAUAUCGGCAGGCCUAUUGUGGAUAUUUAUAUUAAUUAUUUAUACUUGGAAGGUACUUUUACCACUUUGUGAAGACAAAAGAGAGUCUAAUAAGCAAGUACUAUUAACUAUUACUCAGAUGAUGUUAUUGGGUCUCUCGCUUCAUAAUAUUUAUGUUCAGUCAAAUAGAUUUGAUGAUGGUAGACCAGUGUCACAAAUAUAUCAAGGGUUGGCUUGGACUAUUGCUGUGACGUGUUUUUUUAUACCACUCGUAUUUACAAAAAGACUGAUUUGUCGACUUGUGGCGAUUUAUACGUCAAUUCUGAAUUUUUACCUGUUGUUAUCUGUCUCACAUGAAGGUUUAUUUAUAGUAACACUGAUUACCAAUAUAACUUGUUGGUUAUUUAUAGAGUUCAGGCUCUUGCCCUUUGAUGGUGUUGGUAUACUGGAAUAUAGAUUUGAGGUACUUGAAGAGACUUCUAAAGAUUUUAUUAACUUUGAAAGAGGCAUAAGUAGACAAGAUUUUAGAAGAGCUUUCUUUUUUACUACAUAUAUUGUUCUAGCAUUUUUCGGUACAGGAAAUAUCGCAUCAUUGAAUUCCUUUGAAGUGAGAUGGGUGACAUGUUUUAUAACGUCUUUUAGACCAUUUAUCAUUACUACUUUGAUAUUAUUGAAGACUUUAUCACCGUUCCUAAUGGUAGCGUGUACUUUUCGAGCUGUUCAACAUUUGACAAAGGCACCAAAAGGAUACUUACACAUUAUAGUGUUAAUUUAUUCCAACAUCAUGGGCAUUCAAUUACUGUAUAAUGUGAAAAACUAUGGAAGUUGGUUGGAUAUUGGUACAUCUAUAUCACAAUUUGUUAUUGUGCAAGUGAUAACAUUGUUUAUUGUUCUAAUUAAUCAGAUCGCUAGAAUUUUAACAGACUUCAGUAUUAUUUUGUUUAUUCGCAGAUUAUUAGGCAAACGAAUAAAGAAAUAUGAUUAA